ACUGGGAUCCUGGACGCACGAAGACAACGCGUCGAUUGCCAUUAUUACAGUCAAAAGCAAAGCCAGCCAGCCAGCCAGCCUGCCUUGGAUGAACAAACAACCACCUAAUUUCAAAGUCCAACCUUUGCCCCACUACCAACCACAAAACUCAAACCAAAUCAAACCACUCCAACGCACAACAACAUUGUAUAUCUUCCUAUUGAAGAAUCAUUGUUGAAAGCAUAUAGCUCUCCAAAUCCGCCUCUCUUGUCCAUGAAGGGUGCUUCCAUGGAAGAAGACCCAUCAGCAAGGGAGAGCUCCGUCUCCGAUGCUCUCUACACCACUCUCUGCAACUCAAUCCAAGCCCUGGGCCGCGGCUUUGAUAUCACCUCCGAUAUCAGACUUCUGUACUGUAAAGGGGCUCCGGGGUCUCGCUUGAUUUACCUCGAUGAAGAGCGGACGAAGGAUCUCCAAGUUUCUGACGGCCUCGUUGUUCCAAAUGUCUCUGUUGAUAUCGAGUGUUCUAGAGAGAAGAGGGGCAUUGUCUCCAACUCUGUUUGUAGCUUCCAUGAGAUGGCUAAAUUCUACAAUGAGAAGGUAGGUCUUUCAGGACAUAUUCCGCUUGGAGGCUUUAAUGCCAUGUUCAAUUUCACUGGUUGCUGGCAACUUGAUGCAGCGGCUACAAAAUCUCUUGCGAUGAUUGGACAUGUCAUCCCCCUAUACAAAGUUAAGUUAGUGAACACAGAUUUAAAAUUGACCGAGGAAAUCAAACGUGCGGUUCCUUACUCUUGGGAUCCUGCAUCCUUAGCAAGCUUUAUUGAAAAUUAUGGCACCCAUAUUGUCACUUCUGCAACAAUUGGUGGAAGAGAUGUGGUUUAUGUCAGGCAGCACCGGUCAUCUCCUUUGUCAGUGGCAGACAUUGAGAAUUAUGUGAAAGACAUUGCAGAUCAGAGGUUCUCAGACCUGAAAAACCAGUCUGCUGCUCCACUAAAAUACAAGGAUAAGGAUGUUACGGUCAUUUUUAGAAGAAGAGGAGGUGAUGAUCUUGAGCAGAGCCACGGAAAGUGGGCAGAGACCGUACAAACAGCACCAGAUGUGGUUAACAUGACAUAUGCUCCGAUUGUUUCUCUUCUUGAAGGGGUUCCUGGAAUAAAGUAUUUGACGCGUGCAAUUGAGUUGUACUUGGAGUACAAGCCCCCAAUUGAAGAUCUGCAGUAUUUCUUGGACUUCCAAAUUACUCGAGUUUGGGCUCCAGAACAGAGUAACAUUCAAAGAAAGGAGCCCGUUUGCCCAUCCCUUCAGUUCAGUUUGAUGGGUCCCAAGCUUUAUAUAAGUCCAGAUCAGGUAACAGUUGGGCGUAAGCCAGUUACUGGGCUUAGACUCAGGCUAGAAGGCAGUAAGCAAAACCGGCUUGCUAUCCAUUUGCAGCACCUGGUGUCUCUUCCAAAGAUUCUUCAACCUCACUGGGACGUGCACAUGGCCAUAGGUGCACCCAAGUGGCAAGGUCCCGAGGAACAGGAUAGUCGUUGGUUUGAGCCGAUAAAGUGGAAGAACUUCUCCCAUGUUAGCACUGCGCCCAUUGAACACACGGAGACAUGCAUUGGAGAUCUGUCUGGUGUACACAUUGUGACGGGGGCUCAACUUGGCGUUUGGGAUUUUGGUGCAAAGAGUGUACUACACCUUAAACUACUCUUCUCCAAGGUACCGGGAUGCACAAUAAGGCGAUCUGUAUGGGACCACAGCCCAUCCAAUGCAUACACUAGUGCUUCUACGUCACUUUCAAAUGAGAACUCUGAUGAUAAACGAGGAGACAGUUCAGGCCACUCGAGCAAACUGGCAAAAAUCGUGGACAUGACCGAAAUGUCGAAGGGACCGCAGGAUGUUCCAGGUCAUUGGUUGGUUACCGGAGCAAAGCUUGGGGUAGAUAAAGGGAAGAUUGUGUUACGAGUGAAGUAUUCCCUGUUGAACUAUUGAUAGAGACGGCUUCUUUUAUGGCUUUCCUACUAGGCUCUCCCUAGAACCUAUAGUCACAUUCUUUUUGCACAGAUAUCAUUCUAUGUUCUGUACAUUAGUUCCGUUGCUACUGUUAUAUUCUUUCAGAUUGGUUUCUUUGAUUUGUUUUCCACGUUUUAGUUGGUAAGAUAUGCUCAGUUCUUCAGCCGUGAUGUAAUGGAGUGUGUAGCCAUGUUAUUGAAAUUAGUGGAUGGUCUUCUUUUAA